AUGACGACGACAACGACCUCGACCCCCACUCCGAUGAUGACACCGACCCCGACCCCAAAUUUGUCUUUGAUUCAGACCCCGAUCCCGACUUCGACUCUGACUCCGACCCCAACUCAAGCUCAGAUCCCAAUCCAAAUUCCUACUAAACCUGUAUCCUAUACAUCUUCCGCUGCGCAGAUUAUGACUUCUUGA